AUGGGAGGUACCUCGAGCAAAAGCGAAUCCAAAAAGAAGGCACCCGGCGGCACCAUUUCUCAAGUCGACAAGGCCAUGCUAGACUUGAAAAAUGCUCGAGACCGCCUAAAACGAUAUCAGAAAAAGCUAGAACAAGACGACGAACGCAUUGUCGCCAGGGCCAAGAAUGCCAAAAAAGAGGGACAAACCAAGAAUGCCUUGAAUUUGUUACGCCUGCGGAAAAUGAAGCAAAAGGAAGUGGAUUCGGUGAGCGCCCAGCUAUUGACGGUCGAGCAAAUGGUACAAACCAUUGAUUCCAAACAAAAUGAAGCACAAGUCUUGGCCGCCAUGGCCAAGGGCAAAGACUCCCUACAGAAGAUGCACGAAGAAACUUCUGUGGAAGAUGUACUGGAUUUGAUGGACUCUAUUACGGAACAAAACGAGGUCGAAAAGGAAAUUUCCAGUAUUUUGGAGGGCGUCCCAACUACCUUGUCCGUAGACGACGAGGCUGCUGUGGAAGCGGAGCUAGAAGCAAUGAUGAGGGAAAUGCAAGGAGACAGUUCUAUGGAUACAACCCUACCAGUGGCUCCAGAAACUACGCCACUGCCUAUAGCACCAACCGACAAACUUCCAGAUGCUGUUACUACCGAAACGGAAGGACGCACCGCUGUAGCAUCUUAG